GGGAAGUAGGUCAAAAUAAUAAUUUGCUUUCUUGUGAUACCCCUAGCGUCGAGAUUCACUCAGGUGUCGCCACAGUCCAUGCAGGUCUAUCCUUCGUAGGUCCCCUUAUCCUCCGACAGUAUGGCCCUGAACCCAGACAAGCCCCAGUCCAGCGUGCGCCUGGUUUUCUUUGGCGCGGCUGGCGUGGGCAAGACUGCGCUGAUCCAGCGCUUCCUGGCGGACACGUUUGAGUCUCAGCACAAGCGCACGGUGGAGGAACUGCACUGUCUCGAGUAUGAGCUGGACGCGCAGCGGGUGCGCGUGGAGAUCAUGGACACGAGCGGCAGCUAUUCCUUCCCGGCCAUGAGGCAGCUGGGGAUCCGCCGCGGGGACGCCUUCGCCCUCGUCUACUCGCUGCAGGAUCCUGAGUCCUUCCAGGAGGUGCGGCGGCUGCGCGCCGAGAUCCUGGAGACCAAGGGCGAGGCGCCCAGCCCGCCGCCCAUCGUGGUAGUGGGCAACAAAAGCGACCUGGCGCCCAGCGGAAGCUUCCCCGACGCUGUGAUGGCCGCCGUGGAGCUCGAGUGGGGCGGCAUCUACCUCGAGGCGUCCGCCAAGCGCGGAGAGAAUGUGCUGAGCCUCUUCCAGGAGCUCCUGCAGCUCGUGCACCUGCCCAGCCGCCUCAGCCGCCUUAGCCCGGUGCUGCGCCAUCGCCGACUGACUUUCCCUGGAGGAGCGCCAGAUGGGGCGGUGGGGACCGUUUCCACGUCUCGAUCAGCGAUGCGCAAGCGCCACAGUUGUGCAGUGUCUUAGCGCUCGGGAGUCCACUUUCUCCGAGCCCCCCAAACCUAGCGAAAGAAAGCGCAACCCCGGCUUAGUGCCCUUCCCUUUCUUUCUCGGUUCUCUCCACCACUUCGGUUCAGACUCUUGAACCCUGGCUGAAACUGCUGCUGCGGGUAUCCUGCCACUACUAAGUCGCCUCUCCCCGUAAGGGGCGCAGCUGAGCUGUUUCCUAAGAGGUCCCCGUGGGACUAAGUACCGGGAUUGGCCGAAGGCCGCGUGCCUUGGGCGGUGCGGGAUAUGCGUCCAUCGUGCCAACGUUCUUGUUCAAGAAUGGGCAGGGUGGAAACUGGGUGCCAAGUGUGAAUAACUCGAAGGUCCUGCAGGUGCUGGUCUGUACUGCAGUGUGCUCUCUACUCCAGGAAUGGGUGCUGCUGGACUGUUGUGGUGGACGUUGGUCCCACAGAAGGCUUCGAGACUGUAACUCGAACGUCUCCCAUGCAAUUAAAUUGGGGGCACAUUGAGAGAUUGUGGAGUAGAAGAUUCCUUCCAGCUCCAAAUCCUAUCACGCUAUGACUAUGCGAAGCUCUUUACUUGGCCAUACAGUGGAAAGUGCCUGAUAAUGCCAGGCCUCUGAAAAAUAGCAUCCAUGGUAAGCUGCCAAGGCCAAACUGAAUCGCUCCGCUUGCAAAGUCGGCCCGGACCGCAGGAGGGGGCAUGUUAGCUUCUAGGGGCUCCAUGAACAGUUGUUUUCUUCUACCCCACAUUCCCUCGGUGCCACAGUUUACUCUUGCACCUGCAGCACUUCCUAAGCAUUCUCAUUGUUUUAGCUUCCUGAGUAAAUCCGUCAGGGGCAAGGACUGGCUAUUGUAUAGUUCAUGUGUGUGUGUAUGUACACACAUAUGUACAUACAUGUGUACGUAUCUGUGUACAUAUGUACAUACACAUAUGCAUAUAUAUUUGGUAUACAAAUUUGGUUCGUCCAAUUCAGGACCGUGUUGCUGAGGUUGGGUGUAAAUAUUUGUAAAUAAAUUUCUAUUAACCACGGUAAAGGAAUUCCCUCCUUCAGUUAAAGUCUGAUUACAUAGCUAAAAUUUACUAUGGGUUUCCUACACAUUACCUUAUUCAGAUCCUCAUAACAACACUGUGAGGUAAGUGCUAUCACACGCCCCUUUACAAUUGAGGAAACAGGCUCUUUCUCCUGCUCAUAACAACUUGGUAGUUUCUGAGAUGGAAUUUGAACUCUGUUCUUUUUUAUUUUUUUUCUUAGAGGGGCCAGGGCAAUUGGGGUUAGGUGACUUGCCCAAGGUCACAGAGCUAGUAAGCUUGUCAAGUGUCUGAGGUCACAUUUGAACCCAGGCCCUCCUGACUCAAGGUCCGGUGCUCUACUCACUGCACCACCUAGCUGACCCGACCUCUGUUCUUCUUGACACCAAGGGGAAUGCUUUAUUACUGAAGACAAAUCAUUAGCAUACUUUAGCUAUUUCUUUAUUUCAUUUGAUCCUCAAAACCACUUCGUAAGGCCAGCGAUGCAAAUGCAGUUAUCCUUAUUUUACAGACAAGGCAACCGAGGCUCUAAUGUUAAAUGACGUGAUAAUACUAUUAGAACCACGACUUGAGCUCAGGACUUCUGACUCUAGAUCUUCAGCAACUUAGUAAUUUGGCCUAGUUCAGUUCAGUCGGGGGUUUUUUCAGUCAUGUCCGACUCUUUCUGAAAACCCAUUUGGGGUUUUCUUGGCAAAAAUACAGGAGUAGUUUGCCAUUUCCUUCUCCAAAUUUUGCAUAAGGUAAAGUCUAACACUAUGCAAAUGCAUGAAAUAAAAGUUCUUCAUCACCUUAAGAUUUUGGGGGGGGAGGGAGGAGAAUGAGGUAAAGUAAAACAUAGAGAAAUAGUCCACAUGUUUAUAGUCCUUUAAGAAAAAGCAAGAAGAAAUUCCUAAUAAGGCACAGUGGCAUGGUAGAGUGAAUUAGGAAGAUGGGGGUUCAAAUUUGGCCUCAGAUCUAUACUAGCGGUGGGACCACGUGUUUAGCCCUUCUGAACUGCCCUCCUAUGUAAAACGGGAAUGAUAGCACCUACUUCACAGAGUUGUGAGGCUCAAAUGAGGCAAUGUAUAUAAAGUUCAUUGUAAAACUUUUAACUAUAUGGCCAUUAUAAGUUUUUCAGUAAAGGAACAUAGGUAGGUGCUCUAUAGAACCCUGAAAAAGGAGGACCUGCAAAAGCAAGCCACUGUUAACACUGUUCCUGUCUUUCCCCUUUACCUUCAAAGAUUCAAAAAGUUUGGAGGUUUAAGUUGUUUAAAAAGAGGUUUUUUUCAGGCCUAAGAAAAGAAUGGUUUUUGUUAUUAGCUUGCUAGCUACUAAGUAUAAACAAUCCCCCCAAAUAAAUUUGUUAGCUUUACAGGAAAUCACCAGGACUCUGUUACAUCCGGCCAUACAUACAGUUCUAGUUACUAAAGCCUAUUUUGUCCUUACUUACAAAGCCAAAGGGAAGGGAAGUACCACCCACCCACCCAUAUUUCCACUUCUUUCUUCCCAGUCUGGUCUCUUGUUUAUUGAUCUGAACUAUGACCAUUUUAGGGUUAAUCAUUCUUAAAGCAGACACUAAAAACAGGGGUAUCACAACUAUUAACACAAAGGGAUCACAAAUUAAAUUAGUUAAUUUUUAAACAUUUGUCAAACCAAGUGCUGUUCACAACGAUCUAUGUUGUAUUUGUGUGUGACCUGGUAAGCAUCAAAGCCCAUUUCACUUUCAGAAAUUUCUGCUUUUUUGGUCAGACAGAAAUAUCCAAGGACUAAAUACAUUCUACAAGGACCCUUGGUUUGAAUCUGGUCUCAAAAGCCAAUUCUGUUCUUUUAACCACUUGGGGUCUUUAUGAGGCCAAAAAAAAAGUAAUAAUAAGUGGGGGGAAAUGCUGGCCUCUAUCUAAAUGGUGGGGGUGGGGUGAUAGUGUACUUUAUCUCCAUAACUGUUCCCCUGUUUUAACUGUUCUGAAGACUUUGCUUAUCUGUUCCUAACUGUGUGUCUUAACCUCUUAUGAUUCAGUUACCACUCUUUUUUUAAAUAAAAUUUU